UUUUCAGUUUCGUUGUUGUUUUGAUUUUUGAAGAACAAAUCUGGAAAACAAGCGUCUAAUUUUACGCAAAAGUUAUCUGAAAACAUCUAAGUAAUAUUAAAUUGUUAGUUUUUAAAAUUUACUUAUUGUCAUCAAAUAUUUGAAAAUAUGUCGAUCGGAGUGCCUAUUAAAGUAUUACAUGAAGCAGAAGGGCAUGUAGUGACUUGUGAAACAAAUACCGGCGAAGUCUACCGCGGGAAGCUAAUAGAAGCCGAAGAUAAUAUGAAUUGCCAAAUGACCAAUGUUACAGUUACUUACCGAGACGGCCGAGUAGGCCAGCUAGAAAACGUAUACAUCAGGGGAUCAAAAAUUCGUUAUUUAGUUUUGCCUGAUAUGUUGAAAAAUGCACCGAUGUUUAAACGACAAGGCAAUAAACCUAGCGCUGGCCGUGGUAAAAGUGCUAUAUUAAGGGCUCAAGUUGCGGGUCGGGGAGGAAGAGGUGGCAGAGGAGGAGGGCAUAGAGGGGGGUGGCAGGGCGGCUCUGGUCCAUCCCGACGCUAGGAUCCACAUUUUCUAUAACAUUAUCCUAAGUAUUUUAAUUGUAAUAUUGAAUAAUGUCACUUUAAUUACUGGAGGACCGUUAUACAAUUGUAUGUUUUGCAACACACUAUUGUCUGAAUCUGCCUCAAAAAUAUUGAUAUGAAUGACAAUGAUGUGAUUUAUAGAAAAUGUGGGCAUUUUGUGUGGUAUGGUAAGUGUGUGAUUGUAUAUUGAUUUCUUAUUAGUGAGAAAACUUAAUAAAUAAGACAAAAUAUAUAAAA